AUGAAUGUUUCUGAAACACUCACUGAGGAUGACGUCAUCAACAGUUUCAACCACGAAUUCACGAUCAACGCACUUCCGGUAAUCGUGUUCAUGGCGAUGAUGUCGACUCUUGGCGUCCUUGGCAACAUCGUUGUCAUCAACGUGUACUCCCGGAAGUACCCUACAUGCAACUUCAAGUACUUCGUUCUUAUUCUCGCCAUCAUCGAUCUCUUCAGCUGCGCGUUGUUGAUGCCUCUGGAGAUAAUGACGCUCGUGUAUUGGUACGUGUUUCCGUUCCGUUGGCUGUGCAAGCUGAAGUCGUUCUUUAACGCUUACACCGUGACGUCAUCAGCGUCGUCGUUACUAUUAAUAUCAAUGGACCGGUAUAGAAAAGUGUGUAAGCCUCAUAGCAAACAAAUCAUGCCGCGCAUGGCACUCAAAUUAACCUUGGUUGUUUUAGGGUUGUCGCUAGUGCCGGCUAUAAGCGACGCCGUGUGGUGGGGCACGCACACGUUUCAAACCGAAUACAUGGGGCAGAAUAUUGUAGUUAAAGUUUGCGAGAAGGAUGACAAAUAUAAAGAUACCAUCUGGCCGACACUCCACACACUUGUGCUAUACGGAACUAGCAAUUUGAUUAUUAUGCUUGCGACCAUGAUACUUUAUAUUUUAAUCGCCGUGAAAAUGUUCGCGAAGCAGACCGUACCGUUUAUGACGAAACUUCCGCGCAUUUCAAUCUCAACCACAACCACAAACCCGACUUCACCGAACAGCGAAAGUGCGCAUGAACGAGAAAACGUUUUUAAGUUUCCGUCUGACAUAGAGUCAGGGUUGUCAGACACUGAUGAUGGUCUGCAUUCAAUCAACCUGUCCGAUGACGUCAUCACGGACUGUGAAAGCGCCGACGUGACCGAAUUUCUCUCUGGUGAAGAUGAGCCGAAUGAUUAUACCGUUCAACGCAGCAUCGGGGACGCAACCAGUAAAGAAGAGCGUGAAGAAGAUGAAGCGCUUGAGCUUCAAGAACAGGUUCCGCUCAAGACGACGCUGAGCUGUGACGUCACAGAUUAUCCCACGAUGCGAAGAAGUCAUAGUGACCUUAACAUACCUCGCCGUUGUCACUCUCGUCACGUGCGAAUAUCACUAGAAAUCCUGUCCGACCGGAAGGAGUACACCGAGUCACUCGAAGUACCGAAAGUCGGAAUCCGCCGGAAAAUACCUAAACCGUUAAAGUUACUCAACGUAACCAAAAGCAGACAUAACUCUUCCAGUCCUCGGGACAGUCCAAGCAAGUACACUCGAAAAGCGGCCUGCCGAAGACGCUCAACUAUCGCUAGCAUGCCGGGAAAAAGAGGCACGCGGCUACGCCGGAAGACACUUAUUAUGUUCAUUCUAACGACAACAUUUGUAGUAACUACAGUUCUAUAUUUAGGUUUGAUCGGUCACAUGUCCAGGAACGAGCAUUAUGCACAAGACCUCAAUCAAGUUGAGCUAACGGUCUGGAUGUUCUUCUUGCGUCUCUAUUUCAUCAACAGCGUCAUUAAUCCGGUGUUAUACGGAUUCUUAGAUCCGCGCUUCCGGUCGUCCCUCUGGGGGAUGGGUGUCAGGUUUGGCUUCAUUAUGGGAUCGCUGAAAAAAACAAUGCAGCGAGUCGGAAGUGGUAACACUCAGCACGCGGUUACCGAGAACAAGUCCUGUGAUUUGUAA